AUGGCGCAGAAGAACGAUGUCCGGCAGACGCUCCAAGCCUCCAUCCUCGCGGCGCUGCGUGGCGUCACCGGCGAAGACCAGUUGACCGUCCUCCUGCUCGAUGACACGAUGCGGCGGGUCGUCAGCCGCUGCUGCCGGCUCUCUGAGGUGAUGGCGGACGCCAACAUCACGCUGGUGGAGCACAUCCUCGCGCCCGAGGCGAAGCGCGCGCCGCCGGCGAUGGCGGCCCACCUCUCCGCCGUCUACCUCAUCGCUCCGACCGAGUCGAGCGUCUUUGCGCUCGAGCAGGAGCUGACCACGCGCCGGCGGCUCUACGGAGGCAAGAGGCACAUCCUGGUCUCCUCGGCGCUGCCGGGCCCGCUGCGGGGCACGCUGCGAGUCCUCUCCGCCGGCGGUGCGCUCGCUUCGCUCCGCGAGGGCGUCGCGGUGGAGGCGCUGGCGCUGCACGCCGGCGCGUUCUCACUCGACCGGCCGUCCGCGCUCCGCCGGCUGUACGGGCCUCCGCCCCCGCUCAACGAAGACAACAUCGAGGCGCGGCUGCUGCAGGGCGAAGACGAGGCGGGCGGCGAGCGCGCGGCGGCCGUGUCUCAUGCAGCCGAGCAGCUCGCCAAGCUCUGUGCCUUGCUCGGUGACGCGACUCCGUCGGUGCGGUACCGGGCGCGUGACCACCCGGUGUCCAAGGCGCUCGGCGUGGCUCUGGUGGCGGCGACGCCGGCAGCGCGCGCGGGAGCCGGAGGGGAGGCGUCGGGAGGGGCGGGCGGCGAGGCGGCGGCGGCGGGGCGCCGGAACGUGUCCGUGUUGCUCGUCGAUCGCUCCUCCGACCUCUUCACGCCGCUGCUGCACGAUUUUGGACUCGAGGCGCUCGCCGAGGCGCGGGGUGUGCUGCGGGAGGGUCGCUUCCGGCGCGACCCGACACGCAAGUCUGCGGCGGAGGAGAGGUCUGCGGCCAAGAACGGCCCGUCCCAGGUGCUGCUGGGGGGCGGAGGCGGCGACGAGGUCUGGGAGGGGAUCCGCUUCCAGACGCUCGACACCGUGGAGGAAGCGCUGUUCGCGUCGACGCGCGCCUUCGUCGCCGAGAACAAGGCGGCGGUGGAGGAGGCGCGGAGCCGCGUCGCGCGUGGCGAGGAGCUCUCGACCAAGGAGAUGGUGCAGGUCGCGGACGAGGCGCGCGCGGCGUCCUUCUCUGCAUCCGCGCCCGCGGCCGAGUCGACCGGCGGCACGGAGGGGGCGGGGGCGGAGGCGGAGGCGCCGAGGGCCGCGGAGGUGGAGGUGCUCGAGCGGCAGCUGUGGGCAGAGGAGGUGCUCGAGCGACAGCGGCUGCUGUUGCUCGCGUCGCUCGCGCUGCCGCUCAGCGACAGCGCCCGCCGCCCCAUCACCCGCGCGUCGGCCCUCGACAGCGAGCAGCUCGAGGCGGCGUCUCGCGCGGCAUCUCCUCCUGCCUCGCGAGUCGGGCGAGGUGAGCCGAGGUGGCUGCGCCGCCGCGUAAGAGAGCCGGGAGACCGCGGCGCGGCGGGCGGGUCGGCGCGGCCAGACUUGGCCGCAGGUAGGGUGGGCUCGUGGGCGCUGCGGGGCAAGGCUGGCUCCGACCGGCCCGGCAAGCCGCUGGUGCUCGUCUUUAUGGUGGGCGGCGCGAGUCACGCGGAGGUGCGGUGCGUGCACGAGGUUGCUGCGGCGACACACCACUGUGACCUGCUCUUCGGCGCGACGGCGCUGCUCACGCCGACGCAGUUUGCGCGCGAGCUGGUCUCGAUGGAGCGGAUGCCUCCGCUGAGCGCCGCACCGGUGUCUGACGAUGAGGCGGAGUGA